AUGGUGCUGGGCCGCGGGCUGCUCGGCUGCUGGAGCGUCGCUGAGCUGGGAGCCGCCUGCGCCCGUCUCGGCCUGGGUCCAGCCCUGCUGGGAAGCCUCUACCACUUGGGUUUAAGGAAGAGCUUGACCGUGGAUCAGGGCGCCAUGAAGGUGGAGUUACUGCCCGCUCUGACCGACAAUUACAUGUACCUGCUCAUUGAUGAGGACACCAAGGAGGCGGCCAUUGUGGAUCCAGUGCAGCCCCAGAAGGUGGUGGAAACGGUGAGGAAGCACGGCGUGAAGCUGACCACAGUGCUCACCACCCACCACCACUGGGACCACGCUGGCGGGAACGAGAAGCUGGUCAAGCUGGAGCCUGGGUUGAAGGUGUACGGGGGUGAUGACCGGAUUGGGGCCCUGACUCACAAGGUCACACACCUGUCCACACUGCAGGUGGGGUCUCUCAGCGUCAAGUGUCUGUCGACUCCGUGCCACACGUCCGGACACAUCUGUUACUUUGUGACCAAGCCCAACAGUCCCGAGCCGCCUGCUGUGUUCACAGGUGACACCUUGUUUGUGGCUGGCUGCGGGAAGUUCUAUGAAGGGACAGCAGAUGAGAUGUACAAAGCCCUGCUCGAGGUCCUGGGCCGGCUCCCUCCAGACACGAGAGUGUACUGUGGCCACGAAUACACCAUCAACAAUCUCAAGUUUGCUCGCCACGUGGAGCCCAACAACACCUCCAUCCAGGAGAAACUGGCCUGGGCCAAGGAGAAGUACAGCGUUGGGGAGCCUACGGUGCCGUCCACCAUUGCCGAGGAGUUCACCUACAACCCGUUCAUGCGCGUGAGGGAGAAGACGGUGCAGCAGCAUGCGGGCGAGACGGACCCCGUGACCACCAUGAGGGCCAUCCGCAAAGAGAAGGACCAGUUCAAGGUGCCACGCGACUAG